CCGCGGCCCGCCCCCGCGGCUGCGUGCGCGGGGAGGAGCGGCGGGCGGCGGCGGCGGGGCGGCAGAGCGGCGGGGUAGCGCGGCGAGGCGGGCGGCAGCAUGUUCAGCUGGCUGGGGAAGCAGGGCGCCGGGCGGGAGCGGGGCGGCGGCAGCGACGUGGUGCAGACGGUGACCGGGGGGCUGCGGGAGCUCUACCUGCGCAAGCUGCUGCCGCUGGAGGAGCACUACCGCUUCCAUGACUUCCACUCGCCCGCCCUGGAGGAGGCCGACUUCGAGAACAAGCCCAUGGUGCUGCUGGUGGGGCAGUACAGCACCGGCAAGACCACCUUCAUCCGGUAUCUGCUUGAACAGGACUUUCCAGGCAUGCGCAUUGGUCCAGAGCCCACCACAGAUUCUUUUAUUGCUGUGAUGUAUGGAGAUUCAGAAGGAAGUGUUCCUGGAAAUGCCCUAGUUGUUGAUCCUAAGAAGCCUUUCCGCAAACUCAGCCGCUUUGGAAAUGCUUUCCUGAACAGGUUCAUGUGUUCUCAGUUACCUAACCAGGUUCUGAAGAGUAUCAGUAUCAUUGACAGCCCAGGCAUUCUCUCUGGAGAGAAACAGCGCAUCAGCAGAGGUUAUGACUUCUGUCAAGUCCUCCAGUGGUUUGCUGAAAGGGUUGACCGCAUCAUCCUGCUUUUUGAUGCCCAUAAGCUGGAUAUAUCUGAUGAAUUUUCAGAGGCUAUUAAGUCAUUCCGGGGCCAGGAUGACAAGAUUCGAGUGGUGCUCAAUAAGGCUGACCAAGUAGACACUCAGCAGCUGAUGAGGGUCUAUGGUGCACUCAUGUGGUCCCUAGGAAAGGUGAUCAACACUCCAGAGGUGCUACGAGUCUACAUUGGCUCAUUCUGGGCCCAUCCUCUCCAAAAUACAGAGAAUCGAAGACUCUUUGAGGCAGAGGCACAGGAUCUUUUCAAGGACAUCCAGAGACUCCCACAGAAGGCCGCUGUGCGGAAACUCAAUGAUCUCAUAAAGAGAGCAAGACUUGCAAAGGUCCAUGCUUAUAUCAUCAGCUAUCUGAAAAAAGAAAUGCCAUCUGUAUUUGGAAAAGAGAACAAGAAGAAGGAACUGAUCAGCAGAUUACCUGAGAUCUAUACCCAACUGCAAAGAGAAUACCAUAUCUCAGCAGGAGAUUUCCCUGAGGUCAAGAAAAUGCAGGAGCUGCUGGAGACUUGUGACUUCACUAAAUUUCACUCUUUGAAGCCAAAGCUAAUUGAAGCUGUGGAUAAUAUGCUGGCCAAUAAAAUUGCCUCCCUGAUGAGCCUAAUCAGCCAGGAAGAGAGCAAUAUGCCCACACAGAUGGUGCAUGGUGGGGCAUUUGAUGGCACCAUGGCAGGACCCUUUGGCCAUGGAUAUGGAGAAGGUGCCAAGGAAGGAGCUGAUGAAGAGGAAUGGGUUGUUGCCAAAGAUAAACCUGCUUAUGAUGAGAUUUUCUACACUCUGUCACCAAUCAACGGAAAAAUAUCUGGGAUCAGCGCAAAGAAGGAGAUGGUGACUUCCAAACUACCUAACAGUGUCUUGGGGAAGAUAUGGAAACUCGCUGACUGUGAUGGCGACGGAAUGUUGGAUGAGGAGGAGUUUGCAUUGGCAAAGCAUCUCAUCAAAAUUAAACUGGAUGGGUAUGAACUGCCUGGCACACUACCUCCCCAUCUGGUGCCACCAUCUCACAGGAAACCUCUGCAGACAGCAGAGUGAAGAAUACAGGAAGAAGAAUGAGGAUUUGGGAUACCAAAUGUGUUAAAACCACCAAAGUUGGAAAUUAGGCUUAGAUCCUUAAACUUCAUAGCACAUUCCACGCAAGUUGCUGACAUUAGAAGCAUAGUAGCAGGAAAACAUUUGUGUAAUAGUUCCUACUGACCUUCACUGAGACAUGCAUAUCAUAAGUGCCUUGUAUAGAUUUAUCACAGUGUGUGAUGUAAGGGUGAAAAAGUUUUCAUCAUCUUGCUUCCAUGGCUCCCUGCCUUUACAGCCAUAAAGCAAAAAAGACUAUGUAUAAAAUCACCGACCUUCGUCAAAACUAAAUGCUUAGCAACUACACAUCUCUCCAAACUGUUUUUAGUAAGUGCAAAGAAGCUCUAAACACAAACUCACCUACCUAUGCAAGGAACAUGUUUAUGCUAAAAGCAUACUCUAGGCACCUAGUGAAUGUCAGCAUUUGUAUAGUUUAAGAAAAGGCAGACCUACAAAGAAAUUAAAAUUAGGGCAGGUUGUUUUUUUUAGUUUGGAUGUAGGGAAAGAAAAGAGUCAGGGAAAAAAUCUUUUAAGAAGUGCUCAGAAUACAUGAGCAGAUUUAUUUUUAGACUUCAGCAGUUAUGGUUAAAACUGCAAAAUAUUAAAAUGAUUCCUUUAAGCUGUCAUCACUGUAUCCUGUUCUAAUCUGAACUGCUGAAAGAACUGCUGCUUCUAUUUUGUACAGCACUAUAUAUUCAGUAUUCUCAGUUAAAAGACCUGAGUCUCCUUUCUUCCUUGAACUUGGAGUUUCUUUUGAGGUUUCAGGUUAGCUGCUUUGCAGACCAUGAAUUCCUGAAUUGUUCAAAGUGAUGGCAGAAUGCUUUCGUAAGCUAAAAAGGUCAUAUGUUUCUAUUGAAAUAAAGCCUCCUUUUCUGUUCCGAAAAGGUGCACUGUGCAAACUCAGCCUGUUCCCAUUGAGUUGUCUUGGGAAAUUUUCAUGAGUUAAUUUCUACUUACAGCUAACUAUACAGGUAUCUCUAAUUAUAUAGGUAUCUCUGUAUAAGUUACAUACAUAUAUCCAUAUACUAUAGAUAUAUUGGAAAACUUUAACUCUUUGUUGCCAGCAUGUAGCUGACAAAUACAGAGGAGUUGUUCUAUUCCUAUGGUGGCAGUUUUGAAGGACAGGGCCACUAAUAGGAAUCUUCACAUUAAGAUUAAUAGGUGGUCCCUCCAAAUAUUAUUCCUUUAUUCAAAAUAAUCCAGGAAAGGAAUGGAUGCUUACAAAAACCUUCAUUGUCUAACCACACAAUCAAAAUGUUGAGCGUAUUGGCUGCUUACAACUGAUUUCAAACAGUAUCCCAGAAGAAGGUAGAUUUUUGGCCCUAUGAGCUUCAAAAUCUUUUGGGGAGGGCCAGUUCCUUUCUAAAAUCGAACUUGGCAAUCAGUUUAGGUCUAUGCAUAUGAGCAAGAAUUGAUUUGUACUCCACUUGUAAUAUAAAAUACCCUACAUAUCAAAGGUACUGUAACUCUGAGCACUUUUUCUGAGUCUCAGUAAGUGGUAGCAGUAGUGCCUUCUGGGACAGAGAAAGCUAGAAAGUGUUUUAUCAUCCUUGCAGUGGAGGUGGGGAGGGAAGAAUUUUGAGUAUUGUCUCUAACUUAAGAUUUACACAUUUAUGUGUUCAGACUUGUAGGUGAUCUAAGAGCCUCAGCUUUUUCUUCAAAUCAUGUAUUUGUAGGUUAUCGAUCUGGUUUCAUAGUUCAGAUCUUUCCAGACACCUUUUCUUUCUGCAUCUUGUCUAUUCUGAUGUGAAAUUACGAACUUUGCCAGGGCUCUGCCGUGUGAAAACAAUGAAGCUUUUUUAAGUAAUGAUAGAAGAACUCCUUUACCUUGCCAAAUUUCCAGGCAUCUGUAUCAAGAAUACCCAGGCAUUGUUGAUCAUUCUUGGACUUGCUUGUUUUUCAUUAUUAUUUUUAGAUUUUUCUCCUGUCACCUAAGUAUGCUAACUUUUUCUCUUAUGUCUAAAUUAGGAACCAGACAUGCUGUAGUGCAUCUCUCUGCACUUUAACAGUUAGGAAACUUGACCAUAAGUCUACCUGUGUGACUGUAUAUCUGCAGAGUAACUGAUUCUUUAUGUAAUUUAUGCAAAGUAUGCAAAAUGUAUUUCUGACUGAAAAAAAAUCUAUAGAUAUUGGGACUUUAAAAAAAAAAAAAAACAAAAAAAAAACAAAAAACAACCCGCACAAGUAAUAAUGUAUGCUUGCUCAUGCGUGUAGUAUCUGCAGUCAGUGGCAAACUCAUACACUAAUGACCAACCUGACUAGUGUUGCAAGAAAAGCUGCUGGGAGAAAGAGCAUGCUUGUAUAUUGUGACUACUGUAGUGCAGUGAGGAUCUGUGAAGCUGCUGAUCUUCCAGCUGUGCCUGCCUUACCUUGCCCUUCAGCUGCACAGGAUUCCUGGGUGGACUUGUUCUGAAUUACCACUGUGUAUAGCUGCCAGGGGUGAUACUCUAAACACAUUGGAGCUGUGUGAUCCCGUGCCAGCACAAACAUCCUUCUGCAGUGAAGAGAGGAGAAGGGUAGUUUCUCAGUGACUUAUUUUAUUUUUCUAGCUUUAUUGGUAGUAAAAUGGAGAACACUGCCUUUUUCUCCCCCCUCCUCCUCCAGCUCCAUAAGAGUGUACCAACUUGGGGUUGGGGAGACAACUUUAAAUGCAUUAUUUUGAUAAGUUAAAGCAUUUUGUCUAGAUAUGUUUAAAAUAUAUAUGUGAUUUUGUUUUGUUUUUCCUGCAAGACUUGAGAGGAAGUAGAAGAGGAAUGCACAAAGCAUGUGUAGGAGUAGAGGUGGAUUUACUGUUUCUGUGGGAAAAUAGAAAUGUUUCAGGACCAGCAUGCAGAGCGAAGUGCAUAGAUGUUUUUCUAGAUAUGUCAUGCAGUGCACUGGCAUCUUAACAGAGCUCAUACUUACUUGAAAGUAAUUCAAGUACAUUUCAUGUAGUCUUUAAGCCAUGGUUUCUUAGGUAGCUAAACCGAUCUAGUAGCUUGCUGUUGCUCAGAGGAGGGGAUCUCUUUCCUCAUUACCUCUUCCCAGACCUGUGAUCCUGCUCAGUUCACUUUGCUAACUGUGUGGUUUGUAGGAUCUGUCUGCAAGCCAGUUCAAUUAGGUAAACCAGCCACACAAAAUAGUUUGGAUAGUGUCCUGCUGAGUUAGCAAGUCAAAUAAGAUCAUCGAAUAAGCUCAAUGUGUUAGGAAUAUAAGGAAGAGAGAAAGGAGCAGGAUUACCUUCUCUCAUGAAAUUGUGCUUUAAGUAGUUAUUGAGAACAGCAGUAUGAUGUAACCUUUGUUCACUUCAAUGUCAUUGUUAAUCUCUGCUCAGGAAAGGCCAAGAUCUUGGAUUUUAUGCCUGUGACUUUGGAUUUACUCCAAGAACAUUCAUAACUGUCAAACUCAUUCUGUAAAAUCAGUGCUCUGUGGUGUCCACUGCCUUAAACCAGAGACUGCUGCUUUUCACCUCUUUCCCAACUCUGAUUCUGUUCCCACAGAAAUUAAUUGCACUUUUGUUACAGAUUUGAACAGAAAUUGCAGGGGUCCAGUUCAUAACCACACUACAGGACAGCAAGAGCAGUCUAAAGCUGUGACUAUUUGAAAAUGGUGAGUUUAGGAAGAUUUUUAGGUCAGGAUGAGAUCCCAAUUGUUGAAGUCAGGCAUGCUAUGGCUUUGUAGUCCCACAAGCCUCUGUGGAACCUGGUCUUAAAGAAGCAGUAUCUGGCCCUUGACUUUCAAUAACUUAAUAAAUCUCCAGUACUUGAAAUGCACCUUCUUUUUUCUUUUCCUCACACCUUUCCCUUCACAAGAUGCACUCAAUUUGGUGGCUCUUUAUGCUGUUGGAAUUCAAGCAGAGAAUUUGAAGUGUAUGCUUUAUUGGAUAUGUGUAACAUAGCACUGAGAGAAUGGACGUGAACUGUUUUCUACUUCACAUGCUCACUUUUUCUAAUGUUUUUGUUAAAUACUGUAUUGUCACUUCAGAGGCACUCUUUCAUUUUUGAGGGAAUGUUUCACCUGUGUGGUGUGCUUCAGUUUGUUCAACUAAGCAAACAAAGUUGUAAGUUCAUUACUGUUGCACUUUGAUUACACAAUAAAUUCCAUGCAGAUACUGUAAUAUAUUUUAAUAUGCUUUGUAAUCAUUUUUAGGAAGUGAUGAUAAAAAUUGCUGAUUUAAUAAAAUAAUAUUAAACUACCUGAAA